UCUUCAAGUCUCCUGCGUCGGAAAAUAACUAAAUUUUAGAUCUCAUCGCGAUCACUUUGAGUGUUACAUUUAUUUCGUCAACUAUAAUCUUUGAAUUAUAUUAUUUCUAUGUAUGCUAUUUUCUAAGAAUGACUUAUAAACUAUUCCGUGUACACUCCUUCCAUGAAUUACAUCCUGAAUCCUGUAUCUAGUGAAAGAAUUCACACAUGCUGGUUGGACUCUGAAUUUGGAGGGAACCCUUAUGAAGGUUGGAACAAGCGAGCUACUAGCUUCGAUCAUAAGGAGUGUGGAUGUGUCUGCUGCGAUACGAAAAUCCUUCUCGUAUUUUUAAUUAUUGAACAUUAAGGACUUUAGUUUGACUUGUAAGAUAUCUCCAACUGAUUUCUACUCGAACAUACGCUAUUGCAGUUAGAAUAGACAUGUUAUUGUGUAAGUUGGCCUAAAAGAUUCUCCGUAUUCAAGAAUGUAUACCACAUCGUUGGAAGUUCAGUUGGAACAUUGACCCUACCAGCGAAUCACGUUAGGAACCCGAACUUUCAAGAGUUGCUCGUGGCAUCCUAACGCAAUCUGGUCGGAAGCAGUUAGCAGUACAGUUACUUAUAACAUAAGUGAGAGCCUCCCGCGUUUUCGCUUAAAAUGUUAAGAAAUGAUUUCUUCAAUGAAAUAUAUCCAAGCUACGAUGAAAGCGAAAGUGAUGAUCUGUUAGAGCAGAAAAUAUGCGUUACGGAUUAUUGCAUACCUAAACUCGAACCUCCUUGUCUUCAAACAUCUUUUAACUCAAAUGAAGAUGAUAUACUGAAUCCUGAUGAAUUAACGUCACCAAUUCCUUUUAUUGUACCAUAUAAAAUUAAGGAUCCCAUUGUGGUGCUUGAAAGAUGUGAUAAAAUAUGGGAAACAUUGCAGUUAAUAAAAAAUGUUCAAGAGAAAACAUGUGUCAAUUCAAUUAAUGAAUUAUCAUUGGAAUCCAGAAGUUCAACACCAUAUGUUGAUUACCACCCAGUGUUGUCUCAUGACAAUGCUGCAUUACCAGAUUUUAAACUCGCAGUUAAGACUAAAAAGAAAUUAUUUCAAUGUCCAACUUGUGGAAAGCUUUACAUGAAACAUGUUAACUUGAGACAGCAUGCAGAGAGAGUACAUCAGAUAUUUAUACUCCCAUUGCGAAUUAGGCACCCCAAUGAAAAAGAUAAGGAAAAAAAGAAAGAAAAAGAAAAAGAUCUAGAAAAGGAGUCUAAUGUGUUUGAGAAAGAGAAAAAGGAUCUCGAACAAUCAUGUUCGAAAGAAAGUGAAAAUAAUCUUCCAGAUACUUUGUUGCAAUCUGCAACAUUAUCUUCGACAGAACAAGAUAUGCUUACUAAUAAAAAACUUAAAACCAAAUCAAGUGUUUCAAUACAACCCGGUAACAAUAUAAAUGACCAUGAAAAUUCAAAAAAAAAGCUAGAAAAAAAAUUACAGAAUAAAGAUUUGCGACAAAAUGAAAAACAAAUUUCCUUACAUCAAGAUUCAACAUUACAAACAUGUUCAUUAUGCAAACAAACAAUAAAGGAUAUUAAGAAACAUUUUACUGAUUAUCAUAAAAUCGAAUCUUGUGAGUUCAUGCUGAAAGAAUUAGAAAAACCUUCUCUUGUGCUACAAGAUGAAGAAUCCAAUAAUAUGACUGUGAAUAAUGAACCUCUGGAAGAAGAUGAAAUUCUUAAAAAACAGUCUCCUAUUCAAGGAAGGCAGAAACGAAAAUCAAGUGUAUCACCUGUAGAUCCUAAAAAAAGACGUAAAACUAAUAAUAGUGAUACAUUGCACGAAGAAAAUUCCCAGAAAUGUGAUACACGAAAAUGUGAUGUUUGUCUUGGAUUAUACAAACGACGUAGUUUUCAUAAACAUUUACGUCGCCAUCGAGUCCGCGGAGAAACGAAAGAGAAUAUUCAUUUAUUUAGGUGCAAAUAUUCAAAUUCCCCAUUAUAUUUCAAACACAAGGAAGGCUCGAAUGUAAAUGGUGCACCCCCCAAAAAUACUAAUAAGAUUAGUAGUCCAGAUUUGUCUAAAAAAAGAGAAGCAGGACAGCAAAUGCUUGAAAAUUUGAUUAAGGAUAAAGAUGGAUGCAAUACAGACAGUUCUGACAGUGUUGAAAAGAACUGUAUUUGUGGAAAACAGUUUCGUCAUCCUUAUAGCUUCUUUUUGCAUAAAAAAAAUUGUACUUUGAUGGAUAAUAAAAUACCUGCAGAAGAAAAUAACUUGGGCAAAUCAAUUUCAAAUCAUAAACAAGAUAGUUGUGAUAAAGAGUGUAAUUCUGCGAUUAGUAUAACAAUAAAAAAAAAGAAUAAUUCUUACGAAAUUGUUGGUAAAAAUGGUGAAAUCGAAAAUAAGUUACAAAAUCUUAGUCAUUCAAAAAAAGCUGAACUAUUAGAUGUUUCUCAAGAUAAGACUCAAGUAAAAUCACGUAAUCAGUCGCUUGACGACUUGGAAGCAUCUAAAUAUAGUAAAUAUCAUAGUAUUUUAAAAAUUCAAACUGUUGAAGAAGAUAUUGAUAUUGACAUUGAAGAAGAAUCUCAAAGUAAAUCAUGUAAUAAUAACAUUGAUCAGAUGAAUGAAUUAAUAAAAAACGUCUGUAUAGAAGAAGAUGAUAGGAUAUUUUGUAACGAGAAAAGUACGGAAGACGUAAAUAGUACACAAAAACAAAAGGUUAAUUUAAAAUCGACGAAUGGGAAAGUCCUACGACCACGACAAUAUAAUGCUAAUAUAGCUCACAAAUAUAACAUUUGUGUAUGUGGAAGUAAAUUUUACAACAGGAAAGCUUUUGAUAUUCAUAUUAGUAAGCACCAAACAAAUUCAGAAUUAACGUGUGGUUACUGUAAAACUGUUUUUACUGAUAUCAGUACAUGGGAUAGACAUCAAUGUUAUGUUAAAUUAGCUAAACGAUUUAUUGAUUCCACACCAGGAAUGAAUUGUUAUUAUUGUAGUACUAUGUUUCUAUCACUUCAAGCCUUUGAUGAUCACAUGAAGCACAAACACUUUGAUGCUAAAUUACCAUAUCAAUGUCCUGAAUGUCAUAAACGUUUCACUACUUUCGCAUUACGAAAAUUACACUUUAGUGCAGAGCAUAAUCGAAGUAUUUGUUCUAUUUGUCAAAAAGAAUGUCGUUAUGAUGUAAAAUUCAGGCAUGAUGGAUAUCAUUAUGGACUUGGAUAUCCUUGCCAUUUAUGCAAGAGAGCUUAUUCAACUAGAGACAGAUUAUCAAGCCAUAAAGGUAAACAACAUUCCAAACCAAUAAAUGAGAUAAAUGAUUCUAAUGAAACACUUUUCAUGAAUUCUAAAAAUCAGUCCUUACCUGCAACAGAUAAACUACUACAUAGAAAGUCAUUAAGACAUGUUAAUAAAAAUAUUGAACUAGAUAGUUUAAAUAAAUAUUUUUAUGUAUAAAGAGUGAAAAUAUCAUUAGAUUGUGUUAAAACAAAAUU